AUGGACCAGCUGAACCACACAUGGACCCAGAGUUUCCUUCUUGCUGGUUUCCCUGCCCCCAGCACGCUUCGGCCUCUGGCAUUCUUGGGCACCCUGUGCAUCUAUCUCCUCACGCUGGCAGGGAACUUGUUCAUCAUUGUGCUGGUGCAGGCAGAUGCAGGACUGUCCACGCCCAUGUACUUCUUCAUCAGUGUCCUCUCCUUCCUGGAACUCUGGUAUGUCAGCACCACAGCGCCCACACUGCUGCGCACAUGGCUCUGUGGACGCUCACCCAUCCCAGCAGCGGUGUGCUUCACCCAGCUGUAUGUCUUCCACUCCCUGGGCAUGACCGAGUGCUACCUGCUGGGGGUCAUGGCGCUGGACCGCUACCUGGCCAUCUGCCGCCCACUCCACUACCACGCACUCAUGAGCAGAAAGGUGCGGUUAUGGCUGGCAGGGGCCACGUGGGUGGCCGGCUUCUCCGCGGCACUGGCGCCGGCCAGCCUCACAGCCAGUCUGCCCUUCUGCUUCAGAGAGGUGGCCCACUACUUUUGUGACCUGGCCCCACUGAUGCGGCUGGCAUGUGUGGACACAGGCUGGAACGCUCGAGUCCACGGGACCGUGAUUGGCGUGGCCACUGGCUGCAACUUUGUGUUCAUUUUAGGACUCUACGGGGGUAUCCUAAGGGCUGUACUGAAGCUACCCUCGGCGGGCAGCCGGGCCAAGGCCUUCUCCACCUGCUCCUCCCACGUGACCGUGGUGGCCCUAUUCUUUGGCUCUGCCUUCAUGGUGUAUGUGGGGCCACCCAAGAGCCGCUCCAAGGGCACGGACAUGCGUAUUGCCCUGGUGUAUGCCCUUCUCACCCCGUUCCUCAACCCCAUCAUCUAUACCCUUCGCAACAAGGAGGUGAAGGAGGCUGUCAGAAGGGUCACCCAGAGGAUUAAGGCUAUGUUGAAGGGACCCUGA